AUGGUUUGGGAAGUGGAUAUUUUAAGGAAAAGAGUGGAUGCCCAAAGGAGUAAAAUGCUGGAUAAGUUCUUUAGAUUGUACACGUGUACCACCACCCCUGGCGACAGUCGUGUUGUAACUGGGACCUUCAAUGGGACCCAGCUGCUUACCUGCUGUGCUGGAUUGUUGGAGCUUCCAGAAGAGUCAGGCUCCAGUUACUGGAAUCAGAGGGCUAAUUGGCGCCACAUGGCUCCAAAUCCUGCCAGUUUCAAGGAGAAUGACAAGGCUCCCCAAGGAGCCAACCAAAUUCAUGUGAUGCAGGAAGAGAGCGCAAAUGAUAUGGAAUGUGUGCAGCUGCCAGCAAAGACACUGCGACAAGUGACCAUUCACCGAGACCCUAUAAAUGGCUUUGGCUUCGUGGCUGGCAGUGAGAGGCCUGUGGUGGUUCGAUCUGUGAGGCCAGGAGGCCCCUCUGAGGACAAGCUCCUGGCUGGUGACCAGAUUGUGGCUAUUAAUGAGGAGGACGUGAGUGAAGCCCCCAGGGAGAGGUUCAUAGAACUCAUCAGCUCCGUAGGGAGUGCUAAUGAAUCCAUCGUUCUUACAGUUCUGCACACUCAUCAGUCCCCUAAAUCUGCCUUCAUCAGUGCUGCAAAGAAGGCCAAGCUGAGGUCCAAUCCUGUGAAGGUCCGAUUCUCUGAGCAGGUGGCAAUUGGAGAAACAGAUGCAAAAAUGAUGAAGAAGGAAGCUCUCCUCCUCAUCCCCAAUGUCCUGAAGGUUUUCCUAGAAAAUGGGCAGAUCAAGUCAUUCACAUUUGAUGGCCGGACCACUGUUAAGGAUGUGAUGGCGACUCUGCAGGACCGACUCUCCCUCAGGUACAUUGAGCAUUUUGCUCUUGUGCUUGAGUAUACUGGACCAGAACAGAAUCACAAGUUCCUGAUUCUCCAGGACAAGCAGCCCCUGGCUUAUGUCGUGCAGCGGACACACUACCAUGGAAUGAAAUGCCUCUUCCGAAUAAGCUUCUUUCCCAAGGACCCAGUGGAGCUGCUACGUCGGGAUCCUGCUGCUUUCGAGUACCUAUACAUCCAGAGUCGUAAUGAUGUUAUCCGAGAACGCUUUGGAAUGGACCCUAAGCCAGAGAUGCUUUUGGGUCUUGCUGCCCUUCACAUCUAUAUCACUGUCUCAGCCACUCGGCCUAGUCAGAAGAUCACACUCAAGAAUGUGGAGAAGGAGUGGGGCUUGGAACCCUUUCUUCCCCCCUCCCUCCUGCAGGGCAUCAAAGAGAAGAACCUUCGGAAGUCUCUCUCUCAACAGCUGAAGGCCCACCAAAUGCAUCCUUCUUGCAGCACCAAGGGCUCCGCAAUUCAAGCAAAGCUCCAGUACCUUCGAAUUCUGAAUGAACUUCCGACCUUCACUGGUGUUUUAUUCAACACUGUAGGCCUGGACGAGAAGCAGUCAGCCACCACUCUGCUGGUGGGACCCCGUCACGGCAUCAGCCAUGUUAUUGACCUCAAAACCAACCUCACCACUGUGCUGUCCGAGUUCAGCAAGAUCAGCAAGAUCCAGCUGUUCCGGGAGAACCAGGGAGUGGCCCGAGUGGAGACCAGCAUCAUGGAUGCCAAGCCUCUGGUGCUGUUGAUGGAGUGGCCUGAAGCCACCAACUUUGCCUGCCUGAUUGCGGGGUACUGCCGCCUUCUGCUGGAUUCCAGGAAGAUGAUCUUCUCCAGGCCUGCCAGCCAGCCUCUUCCGCCGCCAAUGAUAAAGGCAGAUCACAUGCACAGUGUCCACCGCCCUGUCACUGGGGGCCACCUGGGGAAAAAGGAGAGUAGUUAUGUGGGCAGCAUGGGCACCAGCCCUAGGAAGUCGAGCCGAUGCACGACCCCACCUGCCGACUCUGAGCUUGUCAGCUUCUGCUACCUCCACAUGCGGGAACAAAGGAAGGAGCAAGAAAGCAGGACAGAUGUCAAUGAGAACCUAAUCUUCUUUGAAGAAACCAGGGCCCGGACCAAAUCUGACCCCACAUCCAAAAGCUCUGGCCAAGGUUACGAGGUGAUUCCUGAUGACUUUGAUGCAGCCAGCCUAGACCAUGAGCCUUGUGCCAGCAGGGCCAGGUCUUAUACUUUGGACAAUUCUCUUGGGGCGGAAGCCCUGAAUUUCUACUGUGGCUCUUGCAAAGUCAAACUCCAGGAGCAGAUGGGGCCUCGCAAAGGUGGGAGGCCUGGUUCUUCUCGGGACAACAUGGUAGACUUAAUGUCCCUCCCACCACCAGGAAGUGAGGAAGAGGAGGAAGAGGAAGAUGAGACAACUUCUCUGUUGCCUGCCAUCGCUGCUCCACCCCCUGGUUUCCGAGACAACAGCUCUGAUGAGGAUGAUCCCAAGCGCAGAGCUGUUCAAAGUCAGGAGCAAGGACGUCACCUGCGUGGACUUCUGUAUGAUGAGAUUCCUGUAACACUGAUUGACAGUGUACAGACUCGGACAGUACGAGAUCAUGCCCAGGAGCUGGAUGAUGCUCUCGUGUCUACUCUGCAGGCUCUGGAGGCCCUGGCUGCUUCAGAGGAUGGACCCCAUCCCCCACCCCCACAGACUGCAGGUCUGAUUGUGCUGGCCACAAUCACUCCUGAGUCAUCACUGGACUCGGGCCAUGAAACCAACUCGUCAGAGCUCACAGAUAUGUCCGAGAUGAUGUCGGCCAUGAAGCAGCACCAAAACACCACCUACUUCCUGGCCCAGCACCUCAACAAGGACAGCCUCCUGGCCCGAAAGGACCUGCCCUUCAGGAUCCAGGGCUGUGCAGCUCAGGCUGUUCUCACCGCCCCGUAUGCUCUCGGGCCCCCAGAUCCCAACCCGUCCCUCCAGCCAGCUGUCACUGGCCAGAGUCCUGCCCCUGCUGGCGCUCGCAGAAAGAUACCUCAGUCAGAAGCCCAGGUGCAGGGAGACAGAACAUACUCCUUGGCAGUGCACCGAGCGCUGUCCCCACAGCUUAGUGAGCAGAAAAAUCUGAGCCUGCUUCCUCCAGUUCCUGAGGACAGAGGGCCAGGCCACAGUAGGGCUGGCCUAGAGAUGUCACUGAGGUCAGCCACACCAUCCCUCAGUGAAGAGCAGGUCUCAGAGCUUAGGGAAAACCUGCCCAAGGAAGUCAGGUUGAGCCCUAAGCUUAUCCUGGACCCAAAAGGCAGUGUGACCCCAGCCAUAAUCUCAGCUGCCCUACAGCAGGUGGUACACAGUAAAAGUCUAGCCACUCCUGGCACAGCCUUGGCAACACCCUCCAAUAGGGGGGAGAGAAGGCUAGAGGCUAGCAUGGUGAGGCCUGAGGUCACCAUGGGCAGGCCAGAAGUUAGCAGCAGUGCCAGCAAGAAUCUGAAGUUUAAAAUGAGCCCUGGUGCUCUGGAGACCACACGAAAUUCUCAGCAGCAGCUGGGCCCAGAGGUCUCUGCCAGCCCCAGAGCAUCUACAGGCAGCAGGGCUGAUAACCUCCACCUUUCCCUACAAGAGGACAGGGUUCCUGUUCAAAGUUUCCCUCCUAAGAGCUAUCUAUCCAGAGUGAGUCGAGACUCCGUGGGCAAGCAAGCUACUGGAGAUGUGGCAGGCAAGGGUGGGCCAGAGGGUGCUAAGCCUCCCCCAAACAAGCAGAGCACAGUCUCUGGCCAGGGGGAGAAAGGGCAGCUGGAGAGCAUAUCUAAAAGCAGCAAGCUUGAAGAAGCCAGCCUGCUUCCCCGAGCUGGCUAUCCCAUGGCUCUGCAGAGCCCAAGCUGCCAGUCCCGAAGCCACAGCCCUAGCUGCCAGCCCCGUGGGCCGAGCCCCAGCAGCCAGUCCAGAGGCCAGAGCCCCAGCUGCCAACCUAGAAGCCAGAGCCCACUCAGGCCUCUGGCCACCAGCCGGCAGGUUAGCACCAUGCCCUCGAGAAAGCUUGAAACGACCCUGGAUGGAGCCCACUCGGCCUCUGAAGGCCCCACAAAGCCCAAGUCAUCCCGAGGUCCUUUCAGACUACGCAACUUAUUUUCUGCCACCUUCCCUACCCGCCAGAAGAAAGAGACAGAUGUUUACAGGCUCAGCUGCAGAAGUAAACAGUAUGAAUUGGAGUUCUUUGAGGAACUUCUAAAGCCUAAAAGCCAGGGGGAACUUCCAGGCACAGAGUUCCUGCAACCUCCAGCACCUGGCCGCUGCAGCUGCCAGCUCCGCAGUAGCCCCGUGCAGCAGGGACCAGGGAUGUCUCGCGAACAGAGACGCAGCUGUGACUGCAAGCGUAUCUGCCGAGGGGGACGGCCACAGGCUGCCCAGACCCCUGCACCUGGCCUCCGGGAGAGAGAGAGGGUCGCCCCUACCCAGAGGCAGCCAGAGGCUGGCCCAGGCUUGAGCCUUAAUAGUCCCAUCAACAUCCAACGCAUCCGCUCCACCAGUCUGGAGUCCCGUGAGUGCCGGUCAGACCCUGAAAGUGGGGUUUCGUGCCUGACCACGUGUGCCUCAGGGGGUGAAUGUUUGGGAGAUCCCAACUACAGGAAACUGAUGCGCCACUACAGUAUCAGUGAGCUGGACCAGGGUGACACGGUGUCGCUGACCUCUGAUGUCUACCCACACCCACCCCUGGGAAUGCUGCCAAGAGAGGUCAAGGAGAUAGAGUCAGGCUUCCCACUAGGUUUGGGUCCAAAAGUCAAGUGUGCAGAGUCACCAACUCUAGGAGAGCCCUCCUACGUCCAAGUGGCCCCUGAGAGCAAAGGCCCCAGACAAAUGGCUGUGUUUUCACUCCCAGAGGAGGUGUACCGGAGGCCAGCUGAUCUGGAUGAGGACAGUGAAAGUAGCAAGUGCUGUUCCAUCCGCUACUGCUUCUACUACCGCAAGUGCGACAUGGCAGAUGAUGCCAGCGAUGGCAAAGAUGAGCUCUCCUACUCCAUCCCCAUGAAGAUCCUGCCUGGCAUGAAGUUGGAUGAGCAGGUGGUGCCUGUGGUGAGCAGAACCCUGCAGGUACUGGAUGCUGCCACCUGCAGCAGCAGCCCUGAGGCCCCUCACACCCAGGAGAUCGACCUUCGGGUAUCCACCUUUGAGGGGAGCCUGGCUAAGAUCAAUGCCCUGCGGGCCCAUGCCUACGGCCUCCCUGAUGGCUUCCUGGCUGCCCGUCUGGAUACCAAUGAGCUGCUAACAGUCUUGCGGCAGUGUGUGGCCAGCCCCGAGGCUCGUGCUCCCAAGCCGUACGUCUCUCAGAUUUCCGAGUACAAGCUAGAGCUAGCUCUCAAGUUCAAGGAGCUCCGGGCCUCCUGCCGCCGGGUAGCCAAUGUGGACAAGAGUCCGACUCAUAUGCUGGCCGCCAUUACAGGCAGUUUCCAGGUGCUGAGCAGCCUCAUUGAGACCUUUGUGCGGCUAGUGUUCAUCGUGCGCUCUGAGGCCCAGCGCCAGGAGCUGCUGGCCAAAGUAGAAGAGGUAGUGAGGAAUUACACCUUCCUGCUGCGCGCUGAAGAGUCCACAGCCCGGAACCUUAACCAGCAGCAGCAACAGCAGCAGCAGCAACAACAGCAGCAGCAGCAGCCCGCUGCCACCACCACCGCUGCCAGCAGCCACAGGGCACCCACCGGCUCCCCGUCAUCGACUGUUAUGAGCACAUUCACACGCUCCUUAAAACCCUGAUUAAGUAGGCCUUGCCCAGGCUU